AGGAGUCCCUAGCGUUUCGGACGUGGAAAGUGGCUCUGCGGCGGCCUGCUCCUUGUCCCCUCAGCCUGCCCACCCGAGGCCGGGUCCCCAGGUGGCGGCGGCGGCUGGGCCUGUCGCGGAGCGUUCUCUCUGCCCGAGUCCUGGGCCUGGGGGAACCGAACGGUGAGGGAGCGACGCCCGGCCUGGUCCAGCCCAGGUCCAGCUCCGGCUUUCCCGGGGCCUGCGACGGUUGCCACAGGCCUCGCCGCGCCCACCCCAGCCUGGGGCGGGGCACGACGUCCCCGCCCGCAUUCCCGCCCCUUCUGCCUGCCCAGUGCCUGGUCAUUCCCUUCAGCCCAGCGGCGGCGUAACCGUCUCGCCCCUCCGGGACUCGGCAGUCCCCUGGCUCCGGCCGCUAGGGAACAUGGAGUUUGCGGAGCUGAUUAAGACCCCACGGGUGGACAAUGUGGUGCUGCACCGGCCUUUCUACCCGGCCGUCGAGGGGACCUUGUGUCUUACUGGCCACCACCUGAUCCUGUCCUCCCGGCAGGACAACACGGAGGAGCUCUGGCUCCUCCACUCAAACAUCGACGCCAUCGACAAGCGGUUUGUGGGACCGCUGGGUACCAUCAUCAUAAAAUGUAAGGAUUUUCGAAUUAUUCAGUUGGAUAUUCCUGGAAUGGAGGAAUGUUUGAAUAUAGCCAGUUCCAUUGAGGCAUUAUCUACCCUGGACUCUAUCACUCUGAUGUACCCUUUCUUUUACCGGCCCAUGUUUGAAGUGAUAGAAGAUGGCUGGCAUUCUUUCCUUCCUGAGCAAGAGUUUGAACUCUACUCUUCAGCUACCAGUGAAUGGAGGUUAAGCUAUGUCAAUAAGGAAUUUGCUGUUUGCCCCUCUUACCCACCAAUUGUCAUAGUGCCCAAAGCCACGGAUGAUGAAGCUCUUCGGAAGGUAGCUGCGUUUCGACAUGGAGGACGCUUCCCAGUACUCAGCUACUAUCAUAAAAAAAAUGGAAUGGUUAUUAUGCGAAGUGGUCAGCCACUCACUGGCACAAAUGGGAGACGGUGCAAAGAAGAUGAGAAGCUGAUAAAUGCUACCCUCAGGGCAGGAAAGCGUGGCUACAUCAUUGACACCCGACCUCUAAACAUAGCUCAGCAAGCUAGAGCCAAAGGCGGUGGCUUUGAACAAGAAGCUCAUUAUCCCCAGUGGAGGCGGAUUCAUAAGUCCAUUGAGAGGUAUCACAUUCUUCAGGAGAGCUUAAUCAAACUCGUGGAAGCUUGUAAUGACCAAACACAUAACAUGGACCGAUGGCUCAGUAGAUUGGAGGCCUCCAACUGGCUGACUCACAUCAAAGAGAUUCUGACAACUGCCUGUCUGGCAGCUCAGUGUCUUGACAGGGAAGGAGCAUCCAUACUGAUUCAUGGAACAGAAGGAACGGAUUCCACACUCCAGGUUACCUCCCUGGCCCAGAUCAUCUUGGAACCAAGAAGCAGGACCAUCCGGGGCUUUGAGGCCUUGAUAGAGAGAGAGUGGCUUCAGGCUGGUCACCCAUUCCAACAGCGCUGUGCACAGUCGGCCUAUUGUAAUAGUAAGCAGAAGUGGGAGUCGCCUGUAUUUCUUCUCUUCUUGGACUGUGUGUGGCAGAUACUUCGUCAGUUCCCUUGUUCAUUUGAAUUUAAUGAGAAUCUCCUCAUCAUGCUCUUUGAGCAUGCAUAUGCCUCACAGUUUGGAACAUUUCUGGGCAACAAUGAAAGUGAAAGAUGUAAGUUGAAGCUACAGCAGAAAACGAUGUCUCUAUGGUCUUGGGUCAACCGGCCCAGUGAACUGAGUAAGUUCACCAACCCUCUCUUUGAAGCCAACAAUCUUGUCAUCUGGCCUUCGGUUGCUCCACAGAGUCUUCAGCUGUGGGAGGGUAUUUUUCUGCGUUGGAACAGAUCUUCCAAGUAUUUGGAUGAAGCAUAUGAAGAAAUGGUUAACAUCAUUGAAUAUAACAAGGAAUUACAAGCAAAAGUAAAUAUCCUUAGGCGGCAGUUGGCAGAACUGGAGACUGAGGAUGGGAUGCAGGAGAGCCCCUGAAUUCCAGAUCCCCUGCAGCCCUCGGAGGACCAUCCCAACUGGUAUCCCAUUUCUGUCUCCCUUGCCCUUCAGUUCACUUUCACACAGUAGCCUUAAACUUAAGGCUUUAGAUGUGAGAACCUUCUAAUAUAAUGGACUCCUCAAAAAUUUAUGAAUGGAACUUACUGUAAUUAUUCAUGUUUCAUGUGGCCUGUUAGGCCUCUUCACUUUGGGAGCAGGAAGGAGGUGCUAGUCAUUUUAUUUUACAUGAAGCAAGUGACCUAUUUAAUGCCAUUUGUGUAUAUGCCAUUUCCCCUAAGCUUUUCUCUGCAUCCACUUUCCAAACAGUGCUCCAGACCAGUCAAGAAUAUGAUUAAUCUCUUAGGGAAUGUCUGUUAGUUUAAAAAAAGGAUCAGACUUUGAAUCACUCCAAAUAUCGAAAUAUUUUUCAAACCUGAAAUGGUUGGUAAAGGAAUAAUUUUGUGUUUAACAUGCCAUUUCCAAUAUCUUUGCCACAUAAAAAAGCCAUUCUCUUUCAAAUAGUUUUGGACUGACAGAGCUGAAUUCAUCCUCAUUCUGAUUUGUCAAGAAAGCAAAAGCUGAAUAUUUAUUCAAGGUAAAUUAUUUUUACAAGGGCAACAGCUAUAGUUCGCUGAUAUUUACAUUAAGAAGUAAAUUUAUUGUGACACUAAAAUAUGUGCAAUAUAGAAAUAAAGUAGGAAUUUGUUACUGA